UCCAAGUAGUCUUGCUGGUCUAUUUUAAACCCUUCUGCCAGUAAACACUUGCCCACCGCCUUGCCCGAAGUACACAAGACAGGAUUAGCAGCCAUCACAACUACAACUGAGAGUAAAACAAAAUCGAGCCCAAAGACGGCUGAAUGAUCUGAGUAGGACACUCCUGGCAUCAGUCGAAUGGAUACUCUCCUGGUGGCCACCGCUCAGGCUGAGCAUGGAGCACAUCUUCUUAGGCAACUGGAGAAGAUGAGAACUACCCAGGAGCUCACUGACGUGGUUCUAGUUGCUGGCGGCAUUUCCUUCGCUUGCCACAAGGUGGUGCUGUCUGCAUUUAGCCCAUACUUCCAGGCCAUGUUUACAUGUGGUCUAAAAGAAACAAGGGGAGGCGAAGUACCCCUGAGAGACACUUCAGCUCACAGCUUGGAGCUUCUUCUGGGAUACAUGUACCGCGCUGAACUCUACCUGUCCAACGACAACAUCCAGGCAGUGUCUGCUGCCGCCUUCCUGCUUCAUGUCGAUGGAGCAUUCCGGUUAUGUCAAAGGCACAUGGAGGCCAGGAUGGACGCUUCCAACUGUGUUGGUCUGUACCACUGGGCCAGAGACUUGGGGGCCACAAGUUUGGCUGACUGUGCUUUUCGAUACCUUUGUCAACACUUUACACAGGUUUGUGAAGAAGAGGAAGUUCUGGAUUUGGAUGCUCAAAGUCUUGCAGAUCUGCUGGCAUCAGAUGACCUGAACAUCUCCCAGGAGGAGGUGGUGCUGGAGCUGGUGUUGCGUUGGGUGGCGAAGCGGCGAGGGGAUUCGCAGAGGGAAGCUCAGGCUGUGGAGUUGCUCGGGCGUGUCCGGCUGGAGCUUGUGGAUCCCGUGUUCCUGCAAAAAGCGAGGAGGAGAAACCCGGUUUUGCUGCGAGACUUUGAGUGCUUUCGGAUGUUUGACACGGCUCUCCAGAACUCAUGCCAGGCAUCGGCCCCGCCUCGACAAACACUUCGCUACGGGAUGGAGACCACCAACUUCCUGAUCUGCUUGGGAGACGUGGACAAGGAUGGGGUUCCAUCCCGGCGUGGGGGCCGUGCUGAUCAAAAUUUUUGCUUCGCUCCCCGAGACAGAAAGACUCACUACAUACCUUCUCCUCUGAAGGGCUCAGCGGGGUUUGGUCAGAUCUCAGGGGGCGCUGUGACUCGUGACAACACCAUAGUGGUCGCCGUAGAGGCAGAAGAUGAACGUAGAAUGAAGAGAGUGGAUCUCUACAGGUACAAUCCUGCCGAGGAGUCUAUCUGGGUCGAACUUUGUUCGGCGGAACAUAGGGACAUGUAUGCUUUCGGGCUGCUGGGUGACGCAGUCUACGUGAUUGGCGGUCAGAUGAAAGUGCACCAUCAUUACGUCAUCACAGACAGUGUGAUGAGGUGGUCGCUGAGGAGAGGUGGCAGCUGGAUCUCUUUCGCCCCGCUGCCUCUUCCUUUAGCUUGCCACAGCACUGUUAGCCUCAAGGAUCGUCUUUAUGUGUUGGGAGGAUGGUCGCCACAGAGCCAUCCAGAUGAGGAACCAGACAAGCUGAAUAACCGAGUGUUUCAGUUUGAUCCCGGUAAAGACCGAUGGAAAGAAUGCGCUAGGAUGAAGUGCUCCAGGUAUCGCUUUGGCUCUGCCGUUCUCAAUGGAGAAAUCUACAUUUUAGGUGGCAUUGGAUGUGAUGGAGAGGACCUCGGCCAAUCACGUCGCUCUCUGAGCUCUGUAGAGAUUUACAACCCGGAAACAGACACAUGGAGGCUAGGCCCGACUCUGCCCAUGUCCUUGCUGUCCCUCCGAAACAACACCACAAAUGCAGGAGUAGUGCAAGGGAAGCUGUAUCUCUGCGGAUACUACAAGGGGGCCGUCAUGAGAUCAUCACCAAGGAGGUUUUGGAAUUGGACCCUGCCGAGAACGUGUGGGCAGUGGUAGAAAGACACGCAGCAAUGCACGACAGCUAUGAUGUCUGCGUUGUGGCUAACCUCAAUCCUCGUGACCUCAUCACACAAUGAGACUUCCCUUUAUGGCUCGGAGGGACGACAACGUUUGAACCGAGGAGCCGAGGGAGGCGAACUUCUGACCUUAUAAGAAAAUUUAUGGCCUGAGUUGCCCUCCCGAGAAUUGCAAACUGACUGUGGAUGUGAGAACUCUGGACGGUCUUGUUGAGCAAACAAGCCGAGGUUGGGGUUUUCUGCAAAUGAGGAAAGUAAGGUCUUAGAUAGUCAGUCAUAAAGUUAGGAAAUUUAGAUUGCGUGAGUUUUCAUGAGACUAUGAAUGAAUCUAUUGUUUAGAUUGAAAUGAUGUUACUAUUGCAUCAUUGCACUGGUUAGCAUUUUACAUUCUUUGUAAUUGUGUUUUCUUUGCCCCUGUUAGGAUUUGCUUUAAUGAGGCUAAACAAAUUAACUGGGCUUGCUUUUGACAGAAUGUCUGUGUGGCUCUUGUGGUGGGAAGUAACAGAGCACAUUUUUUCAGGUAUCUGCAUGGGAGUGUUUAUUUUUCUGAC